AUGGACAGUCCCAUGAUUGCAGGUGGCUCCAGCGCUCCUUCGCACCGUCGCAGGCUCACCAAGAAGCCUCCGCCGGCAUCCGCGCACCACCAUCUUCACUACGCAAGCUCCGGCUUCAGCGCUACUACUUCGGACGGCCGUGUUGACGCCCAAUCUCUAGGAAGCAAACGAAGCUCGGCCAGCUUGAAGCGGGCUCCCAGCGCCCCCAUCGGCACUAGGACUCCCGCGUCGAAUUCGUCCGAUCUUUCGCCACGCUCCGCCGCCGCACCGUCUCGCGCUUUCUCUCUGGCGGCCCGGUCGCACACCUCGCCCGCCCUUCCCGACGGCACCUCUGCGGCGCUGGAUGCGUCGCCGCACUCGCAUUACCACUCCCUGCAGGUCCGAGCUGACGCGCAGCAACCACGAUCCGUCCCGCCGACCUCACUUCAACCGCUCAGCUGCAAGACUUCGGACGAGUUGAUUGGCGCCCCCUUUGACGGCACAGCAAUUCUCGAUCGUAUCGCAGCCACCAAAUCGCCGGCUCAAAGAAACAGCAACGGCCAGGACCACGACCACAACGCCAGCAAUUAUACCGACUACGAUUAUAGCAUCGACAACACCAACCAAACGCCGCCUCACUUUGCACUCGUCCGGCCGGCUCACGCGGAUCCCGGGACGCGAACCAUGGGACACUCGCCGCCGCCGCUUCGCCAGUCGGCGACUUUCCCCGCCGGCGAUCUGCCAAUUCUGAGCGAGAAAACCGGUGUCUCCAAAGUCGACGGUGCCCCAUCCCGCCAGCGGUAUUCGGACGAGACCAAGGAAAGCAAGAUACCCAGCAUGCUCAGAAAGAAGUCGGGUUUUUCUGGUUUUAUGAACAGCUUGGUGGGGUCACCAAAGAAGCCGCUUAUUUCGGCGCCAGAGAAUCCAGUCCACGUUACACAUGUCGGAUAUGACAGCUCGACGGGCCAGUUCACAGGUUUGCCAAAGGAGUGGCAGCGACUGAUCAACGAGAGCGGCAUCACAGAGAAAGACACGCGGGAACACCCCCAAAUCCUCGUCGAUGUCAUAACAUUCUACAAAGAGACACAAGAGAAGCCCCAGGAAGACCAGCAGUUGGAGAAGUUUCACGAUGCCCGGGCAACCGACUUCCGAGGCCUGGCCACCACUCCAUCACCCGCCACGGCUUUCCCUUCCCCCGGCAUGAUGCAACCUGGUUAUGGCGCCAUGUCCCCUCUAAUCAGCCCCCCAGCGAGUCCAAGGUUUCCCAACGUCGCCCAUGAAGGCAGUUUUGAGAACCCCCGCGCCCCGCCGCCAGUCCCCAAAGGCCCCGUCCUCCCGGUCAAAGAUCUCAAUUUGAUGCCCAGCCGACCCGCGCCCAAGCCUCCGACAAGCCUAGCGUCGAGGGUGCAACACCCAUAUCCGACAAAGGACUCGGGCAUUGGCAUGCCUUCACUUGGCGACGAUGUCUCGCCAUCUUAUCCACCUCCCAGAGACAAUGUGCCGAUGUUGCCGGAAGAGCACAGGUCGCGCUCAAACUCACGAGCAAACGGCACGCCGCCAUAUCUGUCCUCGCAGCCUUCCCCGUCAGUAACCUCGCCGGUGAACCAGGCGGCGAUGUACCAGCAGCAGCUAUUGCAGCAGCAGCAGGAGCAGGCCAUGGCGCAGGCGCAAGCGGCCAUGAGCGGACAGCUCGGGCGCCAGGCGAGCAAGCGGCAGCAGCCGACCCCGCCGUCCUCGCAGCACCCGCACCUGCAGCAGGCGGACCCGACCGGGGCCAAUCGGAUGUUACAGGCGCAACAGGCCAAGCUUGCGCAACCGGGCUCAAGGCCGCGGCACCGACCACGGCAGAGCAACGGCGUUGACGUGGUUGCCGCCUUGAAGAGGAUAUGCUCCGAGGGCGACCCGAGGGAGGUCUACCGCGGCUUCACCAAGAUCGGCCAGGGCGCGUCCGGUGGCGUGUACACGGGUCAUGAGAGGGGAACCAACCGGUUGGUGGCCAUCAAGCAGAUGAACCUCGAGCAGCAACCCAAGAAGGACCUGAUCAUCAACGAGAUUCUGGUCAUGAAGGAGAGCUCACACCCCAACAUUGUCAACUUUAUCGACAGUUAUCUCUGUGGCGGGGAAUUGUGGGUCGUCAUGGAGUUCAUGGAGGGCGGCAGCUUGACCGACGUUGUGACGUUCAACAUCAUGACCGAGGGGCAGAUUGCGUCGGUCUGCCGGGAAACCCUCCGCGGCCUGCAGCACCUGCACUCCAAGGGUGUCAUCCACCGAGACAUCAAGUCGGACAAUAUCCUGCUCAGCAUGGAGGGCAACAUCAAGCUGACCGAUUUCGGCUUCUGUGCGACGAUCAACGAAGCGCAAAACAAGCGUACAACCAUGGUGGGCACGCCGUAUUGGAUGGCGCCGGAGGUGGUUACGCGGAAGGAGUACGGCCGCAAGGUGGACAUUUGGUCGCUGGGCAUCAUGGCCAUCGAGAUGAUCGAGGGCGAGCCACCGUACCUGACCGAGUCGCCGCUGCGGGCCCUGUGGCUGAUCGCCACCAACGGCACGCCGCAGAUCAAGAACGAGCACGAGCUGUCGCCCGUCUUCCGCGACUUUUUGUACUUUGCCCUCAAGGUCGAUCCGGAGAAGAGGGCGAGCGCGCACGAUCUGUUGAGGCACGACUUCAUGAAACAAUGCGUCGACCUGUCCACACUCGCGCCCUUGGUCCGGGCUGCGAGAGAAGCCAGAGCGCAGGAGAAGGCCCGCAAGGGACAAUCAUGA